AGCGAUGAUCGUCACGGGAGGCUGUUCUUCAUCCAGGAUGAGCUGUAGGGACAGCAGAGAGGCUCUCGGGCAGUUUCAAGCUCGACUAGGAGCCUCCACUGUCAUCUACAAUUGAACCCAGACCCAGACCCCAACCCACACUCCAACACAGACAGGGAAAAGGACCAUCUUCCGUCAAAGCGUCUCUAUGGAUUACAAGCACGGAUUUCUGUUUCAGGACACGGUCUCAUGGAAUAGAGCACCCCACAAAUCAUAAUGAUUAAUUAAUAAAGAAAGGAAAUGAAGAGGAGAACGGCACAUGCUGUAGGUUACAACGGCCAGUCGCUGGAACAGGUCCAGGGAGGACCGCCCAUCUAACCCUCCAGGCUCUGAUCGCCCAAGGACCACCCGCCUGAUCAACGUCAAGCCCCCACGCCAAUAUGGUGCCGCCCCCACCCUCUAAUAAGCCUCACGUGUGCCUGUCCACUAUCCUUAUCAUGGGCAGCAUGGCACUGAUGGAUGCCUACCUGGUGGAGCAGAACCAAGGACCACGCAAGAUCGGCGUAUGCAUCAUGGUGACAGUAGGCGACAUCUGCUUCCUCAUCGUCCUACGCUAUGUGGCGGUGUGGGUGGGUGCCGAGGUUCGCACAGCCAAGCGUGGCUAUGCCAUGAUCCUCUGGUUCCUCUAUAUCUUUGUGCUGGAGAUCAAGGUCUACUUCAUCUACCAGAACUAUAAGGCUGAUCGCAAAAGCCUGGACACCAUCGCCCGCAAGGCCCUCACACUCCUGCUGUCCGUCUCGGUGCCAGUACUCUACAUCAUCCUGGUGGGAAUCGACCACAUGGAAUAUGUCCGUGCCUUCAAGAAGAAGGAGGAGAUCCGCAACCGGCUAUUCUGGGUGGUGGUGGACCUCCUGGACAUUCUGGAUAUACAGGCUAACCUUUGGGAGCCACAGAAGAAAGGACUCCCACUGUGGACUGAGGGACUGAUGUUCUUCUACUGCUACAUCCUGCUGUUGAUCCUGCCCUGCGUGUCCCUGAGUGAGAUUAGCAUGCAGGGCAUCAAUAUCGUUCCCCACAAGAUGAUGUUGUACCCCAUCCUCAGCCUGGUCACCAUCAACAUCAUCACCCUCUUAAUAAGAGGUGGCAACUUGAUCUUCUACAAGGACAUGAGGGUCUCUGGAAUUCUGAUGGGGAAGAACCUUAUAGCUAUUGUCUUAAAGACUUGUAGUUUCGUGCAAUACAAGUCCCAUAUGCAAAACGUGCCACAUGCUCUUGGCGUAGAACUCCAAAAGACCACCACUCCCCACUCGCAGCCAAUGCCGGCCCCUCCGCAGGUGGUUAUUCAAGACCUGACAUCCCUGCCCGAGGUGACUGUGUGCGAUCACACAUGACACAUAAUACAUAGUGACAGACAGAAUGGCCGAUCUUCACAGAUCAAGGCUAUUCACACAAGGUGAAGAAGACUAUGUAUCUUUUUUUUAAGAAAAUCAAACAGGUAUAAAAAAUGUCUAUUUUUAUAUAAUGUGUAAAUUUAACUAACAAUACAUGUGGUUCAUGACUUUAGGCACAAAAAAAGAAUGAGGUUAAAUGUAGUGAGUUAGCUUUUCCUGAUUGUUUUGUGUCAUUAAAAUUCAGGGUAAUUAUUAUUACAGAUGAAAGAGUUCAGUUCAUUAAAAUGCAGUGAUUUAAUUGUUUCUAAAUGGCAUGCUGUAUUUUAUAUGUAAU